UCGAUGAGUACGUCAAAUGUAAUAAAAGUAGGAACAAGUACAACCCUUUUUAUCCACCAAAAGUUUAACCUAUGUAUAUAAAUACACAACAUUACCAUUUACCAAACAUCCAUAUUACAUAUAUUACUCAUCAUCAACCAUUCCUAUUUUCUCUCUGACAGAGUAAGAAUGGUACAGACGAAGAAGUUCAGAGGUGUCAGGCAACGCCAUUGGGGUUCAUGGGUCGCUGAGAUUCGUCAUCCUCUCUUGAAACGGAGGAUAUGGCUUGGGACGUUUGAGACUGCGGAGGAGGCAGCAAGAGCCUACGACGAGGCCGCUGUUUUAAUGAGCGGCCGCAACGCCAAGACCAACUUCCCUCUCAACAACAACACUGGAGACACGUCCGAAGGCAAAACUGACAUCUCAGCCUCCUCAUCAUCGUCAUCCCUCUCUUCCAUCCUCAGCGCCAAACUGAGGAAAUGCUGCAAGUCUCCUUCGCCUUCCCUCACUUGCCUCCGUCUUGACACGGCCAGCUCCCACAUCGGCGUCUGGCAGAAACGCGCCGGUUCAAAAUCUGAUUCUAGUUGGGUCAUGACGGUGGAGCUCGGUCCCUCCGGCUCAGUGGAGCUCAGUCCCUCCGGGUCCUCCCAGGAGCCAACUAGUACUACAGCUUCAAAAGACGAUGUUGUUGGACCGGCCACUGAGGUUGGAGGCGGCGGAGAAGAAGGAUUAAUGGAUGAGGAAGAGAAGGUUGCUUUGCAGAUGAUAGAGGAGCUUCUCAAUACAAACUAAGUAUCAUUUCUUAUAUUUAUACUAAUAUACCUAUUUUUAUUGCUGAUAUACAGCCAUAAUUAUCGUUUAUACCUUUAUAUUUUACAUCUCGUGUUUAUAUUUUAUAUUGUUUCCUAUAUUUUCUCAUCUUGUGUCUAAUAAAGUAUUAAUAUUUGUAACUACAAUCCUGAAAUGACCUUUUUCAUUUUGUAUUA